CUCUUCUUCUUUAUUUCCAAACUCCGGUUUCCCGUCGUCUCCGAUAGUGCAGAACUUUUGUAUUGAUGUAGGAAGGAAAGUGCUGAUAUACUUUUGAAGUUUGAUGACAUAUUGCCAUCUGAUAUAUGGUCAGUUGGCAAAUCAGAACCAGGCACAAAUUAAUGGUUAGUGUCUGCUUAUUCGAGCGGAGGUAGAGGAAGUUAUUUGUGCUGUUCAUCUGCUUCUUCUGGAGUUGUCGGAAUUAUAGAGCAUCUGUCUUUGUUUCGGAUUACUUUUCUUACUAUGCUACGAUCGGCUAGAGACCUGCUGAGAAGGGUUUCAUCAACUCAUCUAGUUCUCAACCGGACGAAGGCAUUAGGUCAAUUCAAUGGAGGGACAGAGCGUUUUAUAUUCGGUUCAGCAUCAAGGCCAAGUUUAUCCAUAUGGAGACGAAAGAAAGAAAUUGGGAAGGAAGGGCUGUUCACUGUUAAGGAACUAAAGAGGCUACAGUUGGACCCAGUUCGUCUCCAACGAUUCAUGAAAUCUCAUGUUUCUCGUCUCCUGAAAUCAGACAUAGUUGCAGUUCUGGCUGAAUUCCAGAGGCAAGACCUCGUAUUUCUUUCCAUGAAGCUAUACGAAGUGGUCAGGUCAGAAAUUUGGUACAGACCGGACAUGUUCUUCUAUAGGGACAUGCUUAUGAUGCUCUCAAGGAACAAAAAAGUGGAUGAAGCUAAGCGCGUUUGGAAUGAUCUGAAGGGAGAGGAAGUUCAUAUUGAUCAGCAUACUUUUGGAGAUAUUGUUAGAGCAUUUUUGGACAGUGGAUUGCCAUCAGAGGCAAUGGAGAUAUAUGAAGAGAUGAGACAAUCUCCUGAUAUUCCACUUUCUUUGCCUUUUCGUGUUAUGUUGAAAGGACUUGUUCCAUAUCCGGAAUUAAGGGAGAAGAUGAAGGAUGAUUUCUUAGAGCUUUUUCCCGGCAUGAUUGUGUAUGACCCGCCUGAAGAUCUCUUUGAGGAGGAGGAUGACACGGAUGAAGAUGAUGGAGGAAGAAGGAAGAGGAGAUGGGGAGAUGACUAUUAGAGUAGAAAAAGAAAAACAGGUUUCUUAAUCUUGUUUUUGGUUUUACUUGUGUUUUUAUGUUUACCUGUAUUAACAUUUUUGUAAAUUAGAUAAGAGCUUAAAU